UGUUUGCAUACCCCUUCCUACCUACUCCUGCACUUCGUCCUCCACUUUCAUCACUUCAUUGUCAGACAGCUGCUUUUAAAAACACUUCAUCUCUUGACGCUCCAUGACGCGAAAGAUGAAGUCCUUCCUCUCUAUUCCUUACGCACAGAUGUUGCUUUUUGCACCAAGUCAACUAAUUGCAAUACACUGACAGUCUGCUCUGGUGUGUGUAACGUGAUGCAGUAGUUUCCGUAAAUGGUCUUUACUCGAUGGCGACAGUUCGGUGGGACUGAGCCGCAUGAGCUGCUGCUUGUGCUCCUCAGCAAGGACAUUUCACUUCGCGAGCCACUUGACAGCCAUAAAUUCGAGUAGUUUUUGUACUUUUUGUGCAGUGGCGGGACGGUAGAAAGCUUAUUUCCAUGCGCCUGACUUCAUUCGCGGAUACUGCAUUUCCUACAGAAGAAUGACUUCGGUGUGGAAAAGGUUACAAAGAGUUGGCAAAAAAGCCACCAAAUUUCAGUUCGUGGCUUCGUAUCAAGAACUUGUCCUGGAAUGUACAAAGAAAUGGCAACCAGACAAACUGAGAGUGGUGUGGACCAGGAGGAACAGACGCAUUUGCUCCAAGCUUCAUUCAUGGCAGCCAGGCAUCAAAAAUCCUUACAGGGGAAUGGUGGUUUGGCCCGUUCCCGAGAAUGUGGACAUUACAGUCACACUCUACAGGGAUCCACAUGCAGAUGAGUUUGAAGACAAAGAGUGGACAUUUUUUAUUGAGAAUGAGACGGCAAAGGGCAGUCGGAAAGUGUUGGCAUCUGUGGACUUGAACAUGAAGAAGUUUGCCAGUGCCACACACUCGCAGACAGACCUGAUGCUCAAAAUGAAGCCUCUGUCAGUGAAAGUGGUGGAGGCCACACUGAAGCUGUCUUUAUCAUGUGUGUUCCUCAAGGAGGGGAAAGCUACGGAUGAGGACAUGCAGAGUCUCGCCAGUCUGAUGAGUGUAAAGCCAACAGACAUUGGGAAUCUGGACGACUUUAAUGAGAGCGAUGAAGAGGAGGAUAAGAGAUCCAGCACUGGUAUCAAUCUCAGCACUGCAGCUCCAGCACCUCACCUUUCUCUUCGAUCAACACGCUUCCAAGAAAAGAGACCUGCGUCUUUUAAGAGCCCUUCAGCAGCAGUCAGUGGUAAAGAGAGGCCUUCUGCUGGCCUCCUCUCCCGACCAGCGUCUACCACUGUCCAUAUACCUGACCUACCAUCACGUCCACCUUUACCCACUCCACCUAGUCCAACCCCUCGCACCAUGCCCUCACCCGCCCGCACCAGACCUCCACGUCCACCACCUAUUGCCCUGCCACAGGCUCUACCUGACCCCCACACAGAGCAAAACACUGCCGGUUCACUCCCUCCAGCAUUGCCUAAAAUCUUCCAGCCCUCCCCUGGCUCAGCUCCAGUGUCUUUCCCAAGAAGGCUAUCGGGCUCUGAGGGGCCUCCAGAGGGCCCCGUGACCUCUGAUUAUCCUCUGCUCAAACUCCCUCGGGCUUCUCUGUCUUCUCCAUCGGAUCCUUUCCUCCCUCAGCCUCCCUCUCCUCCUGAUGUACUUGUGAAAGAUUCUUUUGGAGCACCUCGUGCCAAUGUUUUUAAGCCCAAGAUUGUGCCCGGUGCUCGCCCUGUUUCCCCCACGCCAGUCCCCUUCCUCGAGCCCAAAACCUCCUCGCUCUCGCUCUCGGACACGCUUAAGCGUCCAUCUGCUGGCACUGUGCCAGAUCUAAAUGAACAGAUGACGGCAGUGUCUGCAUCUCCUUUUUUCACUGUCUCUCUAAAUGAAUCUGUGACCCCUGUUCCUCUGCUAAGCAAACCAGACCUUGAAGCCUUGUGCGAAACCCGUUAUUCUUCUGGUCAAUUUCCCAAGCCACCUUCACCUUCCUCCCUCUCCUUCCCACUGCCAGUCACUUUUACCCCAGCAGUUUCUUCCUCUUCUCUUCCUAUCUUGUCCACUGAUGCCCUCGCAUCUGCCCCCUGCUGUUCACCACAAUCUUCUUCGGCUCAGUCAGAUUUACCCAGAGAGCUCAACACACUUACAGAGGAGGAUCAAACAAAUCCAUUUCUACAAGAUAUUCUUGCUGAAGAAGCGAAGAACUCUGAACCUAAAAACGAGCAGCAUCACUCAUCUCGGACUGUCAGCAGCAUUAGCAUUGCCAAUCAACAAGUAUCUUCUUCGCUCUCUCAACCUGAAACCAACAGCACAGAAAGAAAAGAGCUCAGACCUGCCAUGGCUGUAAAAAGUCUUGGUCUUGAAUCAUCAUCAGGAGGACAGCCUGUGGAAACUUCCGGAUCUGAGGAACUGGACAUUAGGACUGCUCCUUCUCCUCAGCCAUUCUCAAGUCCAGAAACAACACCUCUUUCAUCUGCAGUUUCCUCUCAAAUGGAGAAAAAACAGCCAGUUUUUAUUGCAGAGAAACCACCAUUGGCUGAGGAAGAGCCGGAUUUUAAAGUGGCUGAUUAUGAUAAAGUGAUCAUGACCUCUCAGCCUCUCAUCAAAGACAUUACAUUUGAGAAACAGCCUGAGAAAGAGCCCCUCAGAACUGACAGUGAAAAACAAAUGCAGUCCAGUCAGGUUCAAACUUUUUCACUAACCACUGAUGACUUACUGAAGAAAACAGAAAGCACAAAAAAUGACUCAGCAGAGGAAGUUGUUUUGAAAGAGGAACCGAAUGAACUGAAGGGUACUUUACUUUGUGCCGACCUCAACAAGUCAGACGAGGACAAAAUCAUCAAGAAAUUUGCCUCCGCUUUGGUUACCAAUUUAGAGCAAAAUGCUCCCAACGUAUUAUCUAGUUCAUCACAAGAUGAUCAUAAGGAAAAGACUCAAGUGUUGAUGGAAGAAGUCCUUACAUCUAAUACCAGUGGGAAUUUGAGAGAAAAACAAUCCCAUAAAGAUGAUCUGGACAAGAAUUUAAUAAUUGAGGAAAGUCAAAAUGAAAUGGCCUUCACUACACCUGAAUGUCCUAGCGUUAGUCUCUAUCCGGCUGCCCAUAUUAAAUUAUAUCAGCCUAAAGAGCUUCCUCUCAUUCAUUCCCAAUCCCUGGACCUCCAAAUUCUUAAAUGCAUCCCAGAACAAGCUCCAGCAGUCAGUGAACCUGCCAAACCAGAGCUGAUUGUGAAGGAGUCAGACAACACAGUGUUGGAGUUCCCGUCAAAGGCCCAAGCCGAAGUACCAAUCUGGAGUUGUCUGGAAGAGAAAGUACAAGAUCAAGAGGAUACAUUGAGAGAUGAGGAGAUACAUGAGCACAAAACACCUCAGAAAAUGCCAAAGUUAGAAAAUGAAUCCUCAAAAAAGUCUUUAGAAUCAGGAGAUGAAAAAGCAGUUUCUGAGGAUGCUGAGAAUUGUAUUUUAAGUGAACCAGUGUCCCAGCAGCCACUACCCUCCAUUGUCCUUAAACCACAGCCAUCUGAGUCUGUUAAGGAGAAGAAAAUAGAAGCUGUUAAAGUCAGUAUACCGGUCCGUAUGAAGCCUGCGCUUCCUGUGAUCUCCCCUGCUGCUUCUGUAAAGGGAAAGGACAACAGGACAUCGCUACAUCUGGAGGAACUUUGCCCUAUGACGCCCAACCAGUCUCUGGAUACAGAGUCCUACGGAAAUAGUUUAAGGAAAAAGGUCACGUUUGAAGCAGAAAGUGUGUUGUGGGCCACAGUAGAAGAGAAAACAAAAGAAAACAGUGAUGAGGGUGUAAGCUUGGGCGAGUUGAAACUGGAGAAGGAGGUUCUGGAUAAGGGCCAACUUGGCCAGAAAACAUCAGAAAUCAAGUCUGAGGAGCAAGACGAUUCCUUCAUUUCCACUCAUAAAAACACUAACCAAGAAUGCCAGAAAAUAGAAAAGACAAUAGACAAGGAUGAUUCAGAUGAUAAGCAGAUGGUGAAAACCGACAGUGAGACUAUUUGCACAGCUCAAGCUGAACUUGAAGAUGACCUGAAGACUGUAGAUGUGUGUUCAGAGACCCAACUCAGCCAUGACCUGGAUGUGAAAACUGACAAGUACCUGGGCACCAGCAAACAGGAGCAUGACUCUGAUCAAGAGGAUGUAUCUGUAGGCUUCAUACGGGGGAUUUUUGGUGUCCUUUAUAAAGGUUAUGAGACUGUGACGUCUAUACUACAGCAGCCAAGCGAAGCAGAAACAGAUGUUCAAGAUGACCCAAUCUUGGACAACCAAGAUGGACCCGUGGUUGAAAUUCUUCCUCCCGAGGCCUUCUGCGACACCAAAAUUAAGCAUGCAACUGUCGAUGAGCCUCAGGAAUACCUGUUCAAGGAUUUGUUGCCAUCUGGCGAGUUACAGAUAGAUAUACAGACCUCCGAGCCUGUGGCCAUGAGCCUGGUGGAGUGCCUAAAACUGGCUGCCAGAGAAACUCAAACCAGAUCCGUUAAUGAUAAAGAAAGCCCUUCAGAACAGAAAACAACAAAUGUGAAGUCUCAAAUAAUGACGCCUAAACAAAGCAUGACAGUAGAUUUGAAACCUGAAAUUGUGGUGUCAAAUGAAGAAAAGAAACCUCUGGAAACCACACAAGAAGACAUAACUGUUAAGGAAGAAGUGCAAAACAUCAACAUUGUGGAAACAGAUGGUUUGGUGGCCAACGUUAAGGAGAUACAAAUACAAGAAAACUCAGGAAGAAAUGAACACGAGAAACUUCAGCACAGCAAGAAAACAGCAGUGGAUUUAAGGCCUUUAACGGCGUCAGAGGGGUCACAGGAAGAGCUGGAGUUUGAAAUGGGUCAGGAAGACUUAGGGACAGUGUGGUCUGCUGAUCUAUAUAUGGACGGAGGACCAGACGAAUCCUCAAUACCACGAAUACUAAGAGAUUUCCCACCCACACAAAUGCUGAAAUCACCUCAGACUGUCUUUCCACCAGAAUCAACAUUGUCAACAUUAAAAGACACUGCACCAAUGGAGGCAAUUUCCCAAUCUGCAAGCAAAGUUGACCCUCCCUACCAAGACGAGAGUACACGGUCUCUACCGCCAGUUCCUUUACAGGAAGUCGGCCCUGAUGCCAUAAAUCCUGAUGUUAGUUUUGCAGCCGCUCCACAGUGCGAUGAAAGGCUAACCACUUUAUCACACAUAACUACAGAAACAGCAGCUGCAAACACUGAAAUAUGCAAAGAUAAUGCAGAAGAGACAAGUAGUAAUAACUUGUCACCACUUGAGGGCAACAUUACCAACACUACAUGUAUAAUCAACACUGAAAUUGAAAAACAAACCAUCGUCAAGGCAUCAGAAAGCUUAAUUGUAGACGCCUCAGAAAGACCACAAGAUGUAAACGUCAAUGAGGAUGUUUCUCCAAGAAGCUCAGUGGUUCCUUGGCCAUUUCCUUCUCCUAAACUUGAAAGACACCUAGAGACUUCUAAAAGCACAGAUAGUUCAAGUGUAAAGAAUGAUGACCAGUCGGAGGAGAGUGUUCUGUUAGAAAAGAUCCGUCAAAUGGCAGAAGAUGAAAUGGCUAAACCAGCAUCUACUCCCCCACGUGCUAAAAUACGCUUGAUACCCUGCAAAUCUGAUUUUGAACUCCCUCCAACUCCACCUCUACAACUUAAAUCCAGCAUGAAAACGCCCGUAGAUGAGAUACAGAUACAUUUAGAUCAGACAAAAAUCACAAAUCCACCUUCAGUGAUUUUCCAGGAGCAAACAGACGAGGAGAUUAAUAACAGUCAGUCUCAGACUUCAUCUGCACCAAUGGAGAGUUUUACGUUAGAUGACAGACAGAAAGAGGAAAGUGCUAAUAAUGCGGUUUUAGAUGACAACGUCCUGUUAAACAAGCGAGAACCAAACAUCCAGCUGGAAUGCGUAGCAGCAGAAGGGGAGCGCCAAGAUACGUCAGCUGCUGAGCCCACAGAGAACGCAGAAACACAAACUAAAACUGAGAAAGAGGAACAACUAGAUUUAAGUGUUGAUAGAAGUGAAGAGACUCAAAUGGAGCUGGAUAAACCACCAUCUCCUGUGCCUGAUGAAUUGAAUAGUCAUCCUCAGGAAAAAGAGUCCUCUAGUUUGACCCAGGAACCUAAAGGGGUCAAGACACCAUCUAAAAGCCCAGACAGUGUGCAGGUCAAUGGCCAGACCACCAUAGAAGCGUCGCAUGUCAUCGUGCCUCCAAUGCGCAGUAAAAAGAAAAUAAUCCCACCACCAAUGGAUCUCACACUGGUAAAAUCAAUAGAUGAGUCAAACAGAGACGGCUCAGCAGUGCCUGCGUGGAGUUAUGCCAGUCCAUUGCCCAGUCCUGGUCUGGUGACCUCCACUCAGUCUUUGCUGGAAUGGUGUCAAGAGAUCACAAAGAAGUAUAGAGGUGUAAAAAUCACAAACUUCAGCACAUCUUGGCGUAACGGCCUGGCUUUCUGUGCCAUCUUACAUCACUUCCACCCUGAGAUAAUUAACUUUGACUCAUUGGAGCCUCACAACAUAAAGCAAAACAACAAAACUGCUUUUGAUGGUUUUGCUUCACUGGGCAUCUCUCGUCUGCUGGAGCCCUCAGACAUGGUGCUUCUCUCUGUCCCGGACCGUCUCAUCGUCAUGACGUACCUCAGCCAAAUCCGUACCCACUUCACGGGACAGGAGCUGAGCGUCCUACAGAUCGAGCAGAACAAUAGUCAGUCCAGCUACACAUUAGCUGGACCAAACCAGCGGCCCGAUGUUCAAGCGGCCACCAAAUUCUGUGUGGAGAGACUCCAGGCUGGAGCUUUUACUGGAGACAAUAACAGUAAAGACUCAAUUGGGGAGGAGGAAAGCGAAUCCAAGUCAAACGGAGGACUUGUUGCUCCGCCGAGGACUAAGCGGACAGGAAAGGUGGAUGGAGAGGAGAUAGACGGAGGUGUGCAGACUCCUGUGGCUCCUCCACGACUGAAUGCUGCUGCUGUCAGAUCAGGGCUCGGACACUUGCGAGAUGCAGAUCUGGUGAAGAAACGACGGUCGAGGAUGAAGAGCGAGUCUAUGGACGAGCCUGAUUCAAAAGAGAUGCUACAUGAGUCAGAUAAAAGUGAACCAACAGUUGAAGGAACAAAUGGCUCAGCAGCUGCUAGAGAAAAUGCUGAAGCAGAACCUCAGGAUGCAAACCAAGAUGCCAAAUCAGCAGAUUUUGAGACAAUGUGUCUGCAGGACACCAAUCAGUAUGUAUUGAGUGAACUUCAGGCUCUGGAAACGGAACAGAAGCACAUAGACAGCAGAGCAGCGGUGGUGGAGAAACGCCUGCGAAGACUCAUGGAGUCGGGGAGUGAUAAAGAUGAAGAGGAGAAGCUGAUUCAGGAGUGGUUUACUCUGGUCAACAAGAAGAAUGCUUUGAUAAGGAGACAGGACCAUCUGGAGCUGCUGCAAGAAGAGCAGGAUUUAGAAAGAAGGUUCGAGCUGCUGAACCGAGAGCUCAGAGCCAUGAUGGCUAUUGAAGACUGGCAAAAAACUCAGGCCCAGCAGCACAGAGAACAGCUGCUGCUUCAGGAACUGGUAUCACUGGUCAACAAGCGGGACAAGCUGGUCAGAGACAUGGAUGCCAAAGAGAGAGGGGCUUUGGAGGAGGACGAGAGACUGGAAAGAGGUCUGGAGGCCAGACGGAGGAAAUUUAGCAAUAAGGAAAAGUGUGUUCUUCAAUAAUAAUAGUUUAAAAAGUUAAUAUGGAACUGUGGCGAUUGCAGCAGGACAUUAGUGUGCCUUGUUAUAACUUCCUCACAACUUCAAGAUCUCAGUGGGAUAUAAAACACCUCCAGAAGUUUUUGCCUAAAAGUUUGCACAAUUUUGAUGUUGUUUUUUUCUCCCCAGGCUGCACUGGUGUAGAGUUUGGUAUUACCCAGGCACAUUCUAAAAAUGUACCUCUAUAUAUUUUUGAAGACCGUCGAAUAUAUCCUAGGAGCUACGUUUAUGUUUUUUGUUUUUUUGUUUUGCAAUUUUUGUUUUUUGCAAAUCCAGAAGAAGCCGCUGUGUAUGCUUUUUGAGAUCUCAAAUUUCUCUUGCGAGUGCCUUUUGUAUC